UUGGGCAGGCAGAGCGAGAGGGAGGAGGAGGAGGGAGAUUCAGCCGGACCUGUCUGGGUCUUUCAUGUCACUUUUCGUGCCCUCGGGAAUUGACCUCCGUCUCCCUGUCUGGAAAAUAACCUGGAAAAACUAAAAUGGAAUAUUUUAAAACUGCAUUGGGGGGAAGAGUGGCGACGCACCUCCUCCUACUGCUCCUGCAUCACCGACAGAAGAACUGAGGAGGGGAAGGAGAAUGAGUGACAGUUUUCACUGGCAUCUACUUAGGAAAGUGAAGAGGAGCCGGAGGCUUGUGGGCCUGUCUGACAACAGUGAGAGGACAGCGGAGAUUUAUACAUAUAAUUGUGCUGUUAGUCCUCUUUUUUUUCUUUUCUGUGAGGGAAGGGAAAGAGUGGAGAGGAGAUAAUAGAGUGCAGAAAGGGGAGGAGAGAGUGGCGUGCAGAGAAAUACAGGAGUAAAGAACAAGCAAGUGGCAGAAGAGGCGAGGAAGUAAACUCACUGCAGAUGGGACCUUGGCUUUAACACAAUCAUGAGCAGCUGACCUGACCUCUGCAGAUUACAGUAAUCACAUCUCAGUGUGAAACCAUGACCACUCCAACCACAGGAAGCCCCAAUAUGGAGGUGAAGGUGGGCUCUCAGGAGAUGGCAUUACUGAGCAACAUACUGGCAGCUUACACCUUCAUUGCAGACCAACCCGAGAGGACAGCACUGGUGUUCCUUGGCGGUGUGUGCGUGGGCCUUCUUGUCACACUGUGUGCCAUCGUCUUCCAGAUACACUGUCGAGCAGACUGCCGCUACGGCAACAGCGGCAACCCUCAGCGCCGCCUCAGGAACAGGCAUCAGCAGCGCCGCGCUCACAGCUGCCCCCUUCAUCAGCCGGGGGACAGUAACCCCGACCACACCGCUUUAGUCCCUGCUGGAGCGACGGGCCGCUCGGGGGACAGCGAGUCAGACGACUGGGAUGAAACGUCUGACCUGUCGGCUCGGAGACGCAGACGCUUCGAGAGGGCUCUGCUGAACGCCACCAUGUUCACCUCAGCUGAGGAGCUGGACCGGGCCCAGAGGCUGGAGGAGCGGGAAAGAGUUCUACGAGAGAUCUGGAUGAACGGACAGCCAGACAUCAGUACGGUCACUCAAAGCCUCAACAGAUACUACUGACACCGCAGUGUGAGACCGUCUGAGUGAGGAAAGGUGAAGAGCUACGAGGACGAGUGAACAAGCACUGUAUGAAUUAAACAACGAACAUAAGACUGGCAUUUCAUAAGUUUGCGUUGCACCAAAGAGACUCGUAUCAAACUGUGACUGACGGACUGCCGGGAGCAGCCCUUCCACUGUGAACACAAGGACAACAGGCAAGCUGUGACUGCUCAGUCCUCUAAUAUGAGACGACAACAGUGUGUCUGGAGGAGGGAAGUCCUAAAAAUACAACAACAGGAGGCACUGGGAGACCUAGACGAUUUUAAUUACCCACACCGCUGUUGUUUCCUGCAGAUUCUGUUAUACAAACCUGUACGGGGAUAUUCUGGAUAUUUUAACUGGUGCUUCUGAGAUGUGCAGGAGGACUGCAGCUGUUUACAAAAUAUGAUGCUGAAUUCAAAUCAUAUACCGUUUUUGCACUUUUCACGGCUCACCCUUACUUGUUUGCAAACCCGCUUUAAACUUGAGGUGGGUUCUACAAACUCAUUCAAACUGGGGAGAAUAGAAGGGAAACUGAAAGGACAGUGUGUGGAAAGUGAUGAACAAAGUGGAGCCACUUACAGUUUUUCUCCAUUGGUUUGGCUCAUUUCUUGAAACCUAAAUUACAUUUUCAAAACAACAUGGACAAAUCUCCAAACUACCCUGUAACUGCUCACAACAGAACGGCAUUUCUCAUUCAUGUCAUCACAUUGGAAAUGUCUUAGUACACGUCUCAAUGUCUCAGAAAAUCUUUGCAAAUGAUUAACCACAGUAAGGAUAGAUUUAGCACAAUUCCCAAGUGAAUAGGACAUGUCGAUCUAAACUGAUUGAUUGAUUCUCAGUCUAAUGGUUGUUCUCUCCAAAACAUAUCGGCAUGAUUUCAUUGUA